ACACCACUGGGCCCGGGACGCGCCGGCAGUGGCGGUGACUCCAGGGCUGCGGCGCCGACUCCAGGGCUGCGGCGCGUACCGCCCGCCCCGCUCGCAGAGCCCGGCCGCCGCGCGUCGUCCGCACACGCUGCCACCGCCAUGGGCUCCUGAGGCUAGCUUGUCACUUACUGCAAGGGUUUCCCUCAGGGAGCCUCCUGCUGCUGGGCACCAUGACAGUGAGGGGGGCUGUGCUGGCCCCAGAUCCAGCGUCGCCCACGACCGCAGCAGCCUCGCCCAGCAUCUCCGUGAUCCCCGAGGGCAGCCCCACUGCCAUGGAGCAGCCUGUGUUCCUGAUGACAACUGCCGCUCAGGCCAUCUCUGGCUUCUUCGUGUGGACGGCCCUGCUCAUCACAUGCCACCAGCCCAGGUCUCAGCUGGGCCAAGUGUGAUGUCAUGAGAGCUGGGACGAGACACCCAGGGGCUGCCGGGACUGAGGACCGUGGUAGAGCAGCUCUUGGCAUUUAUCUACAUGCAUCUGCGCUGCUACAGCUGCCCCAACGAGCAGCGCUACAUCGUACGCAUCCUCUUCAUCGUGCCCAUCUACGCCUUUGACUCCUGGCUCAGCCUCCUCUUCUUCACCAACGACCAAUACUACGUGUACUUCGGCACCGUCCGCGACUGCUACGAGGGCUCCUCCCUGUUGCCACACACGGCUGUGGCUCUUUCACCUCCAUUGCCGUUUAGAAUCCCAGCAUCUGUGGACCCAUUCUGCUGUUUUGACUGGUUUCCCCUGGACACUGUUUUCACAGCCUUGGUCAUCUAUAAUUUCCUGAGCCUGUGCUAUGAGUACCUAGGAGGAGAAAGUUCCAUCAUGUCGGAGAUCAGAGGAAAACCCAUUGAGUCCAGCUGUGUGUAUGGCACCUGCUGCCUCUGGGGAAAGACUUACUCCAUCGGAUUUCUGCGGUUCUGCAAACAGGCCACCCUGCAGUUCUGUGUGGUGAAGCCACUCAUGGCGGUCAGCACUGUGGUCCUCCAGGCCUUCGGCAAGUACCGGGAUGGGGACUUUGAUGUCACCAGCGGCUACCUCUACGUGACCAUCAUCUACAACAUCUCCGUCAGCCUGGCCCUCUACGCCCUCUUCCUGUUCUACUUUGCCACCCGGGAGCUGCUCAGCCCCUACAGCCCCGUCCUCAAGUUCUUCAUGGUCAAGUCUGUCAUCUUUCUCUCCUUCUGGCAAGGCAUGCUCCUGGCCAUCCUGGAGAAGUGUGGGGCCAUCCCCAAAAUCCACUCGGCCCGCGUGUCGGUGGGCGAGGGCACUGUGGCUGCUGGCUACCAGGACUUCAUCAUCUGUGUGGAGAUGUUCUUUGCAGCCCUGGCCCUGCGGCACGCCUUCACCUACAAGGUCUAUGCUGACAAGAGACUGGACGCACAAGUGCCAACAUACGGCCCUUACGGCCGCUGCGCCCCCAUGAAGAGCAUCUCCAGCAGCCUCAAGGAGACCAUGAGCCCGCAUGACAUCGUGCAGGACGCCAUCCACAACUUCUCACCCGCCUACCAGCAGUACACGCAGCACUCCACCCUGGAGCCUGGGCCUGCCUGGCGUGGUGGCGCCCAUGGCCUAUCCCGCUCCCACAGCCUCAGUGGCGCCCGCGACAACGAGAAGACUCUCCUGCUCAGCUCUGAUGAUGAGUUCUAGGUGCGGGCUGUGGUGGCAGAAGUGCUGGCGCCGUAGCCAUGGUCAGGCUGUGCCCCACCUCCAGCCACACCACCAGGCCAGGAGGCAGCUGGCACAGCACUCACGCCGCCAUUUAUUUAUUGGACCAGAAACACUCACAUGUCACUUCCAGAGGAACUGGGGACAGCCAGGCUUGCCCAUGGGCCUUCAGGAAUAUUUAUAUACGGCCCAGCCUGCACUGCCCGGGCGAGGGCAGAGGACACUGGGAGCAAGGCUCAUGCCCCUGCUGCCCAUCCUGUGCUGGGGGCAUGCUGGGACCAGCCGCGCCCAGGCCCCAGUGCUUGUGUGUGGACCAGCGGCUGCAGCCUUCUAGCCCCUUCUCCCCGCGAGACUCUCAGGCUGAGGUCGGCAAGCCGUGGCCCACACACACACCGUGCAAUACCCUGUCUGAGCUGGGCUCUUCCCGCCUGCAUCCUCCCCUGUCCACCUUUGUCCAGUGCUAGAUUCACCUCACCCCGGGCAGGAGCGGGGAUGUGGGCGCUCUGUGGUCCUCCCCUCCUGACCUCCCUGGCAUGCUGCAAGGAUCAGAGCCAGACACCAGGAGGCACAGGCCCCACCCAGAAAGGGCAUUCAGGGGCCUCUGGGCACCACUUCUGUUGAAGCAGGGGCUUCUGGGCCCCUGGGUGUCCCCGCCUAUCAUGGCCACACCUCUGCCUGCCUCAUGCCCCUUCCCCCUGGCCUACCAAGGACAGCCCACAGCCCGCACUGCCGGCUCACCUGGGUCCUUCCUCGAUAGCUUUGGGCAGAGCCCUUGCUUCCUGGCUGCUCCAGGGUUCAGGGGCUCCCAGCCCUCGCUCCCAGGCUGAUGCUGGGUCCUCUCUCUCUCUGGGGCUUCUCCCUCCCAUUUCAGGGGAAAGGUCUGAGUCUCCAUGUUUCAGACCAGCUUCCGCGGGAAGGCAGUCUGGCAGGGAGGCUGGGAGGGGUGGCCACACGGUGGGGAGCUGAGAGGUGGGGGAAUGGUCCCAGACUCCUCUCGGGACCCCCAUCUACACAGGGCCUGGUGUUCUGCCCCAUCCGGCCCCUGGCCCAUCUCUUCUGUGCCUUAGUCACAUAUGAAAGCGCCCCUCUCUGGCUCCCUGUCUGUCCCACAUGCUCCCUGGGGCUCUUCGUUCAGCUGCUGGCGCUCACAGGAUCCUGCAGUGCUGGGCCCAGAGCCCUCAGACAGGCCUCAGGAGUGUUCAGGACCACCAAGUCCCUCCUCUCCCCCUCCACACUUCUAGACCUGGAGCCUCCGGAGCCAGAGCCCCCAGCAGGCUGGGCUUAUACCAGCUCCUGACUUAGGAAGAGCCUCGUGUCACAACACAUGUCCCUACAGGCAGUGUCCUGGCAUCUAAAACCCAGAUUAUCCCUGGGUUUGGGCUGCAGUAGCCUCGAGAAGCUGGUAGGGUAAGGGAGAGGGACUCUGCCGGUGUUCACUGGGGAUUCUUUCUUUUGGUCCUUCCUGGAAUGAACGGGUUCCCUCCCUGCCACCUGUGAGGAGAGUCGGGGCCUGGCUGUCUUCCUGGCCUCCUUCCUUCCCUUGUGGCAGAGGCCUGCAUGUGGGUGCCAGAGGCCAGCUCUCCCCCUCCGUCUUGGGGGGCCUGACCCGGGAAGGUGGGUACAGACACAGGCUGAGGACCAGCCCUGGCCCUGCCCCUGCCGUCUGCUUUCGCCAAGCUGUCUCCGACGUAGCUUCCCUUCUCCCUCCAGGCCAAAGUGUGCUGCUGACUCCCACCCCCUUGGUCAUCACCUGCCCCAGCGUUGCCGUUUGCGUGGAGGGUGGGGUUGGGGGGAGCUCAGUGGCAGGGAAUCAGUGGUCCCUGGGGUCAUGGGGAUGGGAACACGUGCCCAACCGCUCCAUCCCCUCCUCCUCCUUAGGAUGCAUAACCUACCUUGUCUUUUUUUUUUUUUUUUUUUUUUUUAAUUUUCUUUCCAGAUAGAGUAGCUCUUUGUACAUAAAGAAUACUUGAAAAAUUAAUUGUAUGAUGUAUGAGAAGACAGAGUCUCCUAGUUUUGUAUCUUGUUGUAUGACUGCCAUGAGUUCCACCAGAAAGCCACUCUAUUUUGGUCUCUGUGACAUUUUAAAUGCGUGACAGAAGUGAGCAAAUAAAGUGAGGAAGAAUAUAUAUAUGAGAUAAUAUAGAUUGUAUUGAAAUCUC